AUGCUGGCCGGGAGGCCUGGGGCCCGGAGCGCGGUGGCAGAUCUGGGAGCUGAAUCCUCGGACAGCCGCGGUAGAGGCCCCCUUAGCCCUCCGCAGAGAGACUGGCGUCACCGACCUGGCGCUUACCUAGAUAUGAAAAUUAAUCUAGAGAAAAAUUUAGAAGAAGAGCGCCAAAUAUUACUACAGCAACAAAAAAUAUGUAGAAAUCGAGCACGUAAAUAUUUUGUGGAGUCAAACCGAAGAAAAAAAGCCUUUGAAGAAAAACGAAAAGAGCAAGAAGAAAGAGAGCACCAAAUCAGAGAACAGAUACUUCAGCAAAGAAAACAGAAGUUUGAAGAAGUCACUGAACGAUUCCAACGUGCCCAUAUUCCUCCUUCACACCGUAGGAGAACAGUUUUUAAAAGAACAGUUCCUCCAUUAGACGAGGCCCUAAAACAAAUUCAGGGAUCCAGCUUAAAAUCAGAAUUAAAUCUUCCCACGUCCCACAGACCAACAAUUGACUGGAGAGCUAUAGAUUCUGCUUUACAUUCAGCGUUGCCAAACAAUGAUCACAAGCAUCAGACACAUCUCUUUUCCAAAAUCAGUUGUGAUAAAGAAAUAAAGGACAAGAGCAGGACAAACUUGGCUGCUAACAAAGAUGUAUUCCAGCUUGAACUGGAGGAAACGCAGAAGCUCCUAGAUGAUCAGCAUUUAAGCAGUUUGCAAAAAUUUUGUGAUGAAGUAAAUCAGAUAACCAAUUCUGAAACCCUUUCAAGUAUGGACAGUCUUGAAGCUGGGGUGCACGAAGAAAUAUAUUUAACACUUAAUGACGACUAUUCCGCAUCAAUCCCACAGAAUUCUGUUUCCCUCAAAUCAGCAGAUCUGCAAUCAGCCAAUCUAAGCUGCUUUGAUGAAGAUAAACUGUCAUUCUCUAAAACUCAGCAUAUCAAUAAUUGGCUUAUAAAUAUAGACGAUCCAAAUACUCAGACUGUCACGCCAUUCUCAGAUACUUUAAGUAAACCUACUGUUCUACCUUCAUGUGAACAACUCAGUAGUAAAGAACAAACUUUACCUAUUCUGAGUAGAACUAUGGAAAAAACUACAAAUACUAGCAACAGUUCAGUAGCCUUUGUACAUAGUCCACACAUAUUUGUACAAAAUAAGAAAGACGGAAAGUCUUACGAAACUAGCACUAUUAAGACAGCUGAUCCCUCUUCUGGAGUAUUCAAAAUGGAGAGACCAUUUGUUACUGACAGCCCAGCAUUUAAAUUCAGUAAAGCCUGGACCACUCCAGAUGCUCCAACCCGAGAAGCUGCUACAUGUUUAGAUCAAGAAAAACAUUCUGAAUUAACCCAACAAAAUCCAACUACUUCAGUCUCUACUUCAUUUGUACAAGUAGUAACACCUUUAGUGUUGACAUCUAGUAGACAGUCAGCUAGACCUUUACCAAAAGACAGUAUACACAUAAAAGAAAUUGACCCAGUGCAGUGUUCUGAUAAAUCAGAUAACUUGGAAAAUGUGAAAAAUGAAAAGAUACACUAUUUUAAUGAUAAUAAGAAAGAAUUGCCUUUAUUUUCAGAUGAUCUUCAAGCUGCUUGUGUGCCACACAACCCUUAUUCAAAAGAUAAAACACAGAAAAUACCUGAAACAUCGUCUAAUAUAAGUUCUAAUGAUAUAGUUGGUUAUUACAAGAAAAUGAAAUACAACAUUCAUGACAGAAAUGGUGUAAGGUUUGUUAAAAGUAUUUUAAAGAAAGAAUCUAAAUAUGACCAUCAUUAUUUUAAGGCACUAAUUAUGAAUCAAGACUGCGUGUUUGGAAAUCAAAAAGCAGCAGCUGUAAGAGAUAGUAUUGAAUUAACAAAAGAAAAGGGAAAAGGUGUUGAAAUUCAAAAAACUAUUAAAAAACUGAGGUGGUUUGAUGAAACUGGCAAUAUAGAAAAUGAUCCUGAAGAGAGUCAUUCACUGAAAGAUAGAAGAACAUCUCCGCAGUGGUGUCAAUUCCACGCACAAAAUAAAAGUGGUGCUGCCAGCAGCGUAAUUAGUGUUCCUGCUUGUGCUGUAAAUUCUGCCGAUAGAAAAAAGCCAAAGGAUGAUUCUGUCUCUGAAAAUACUGUUUUGGAAAGAUCUGAAGCAGACCAUGUGCCUUUGAACUGUGUUUUUGUGCCUUCAGGUUAUAAGUUUGCUAAACAAGCCUGGCUAGCCUCAAAAAAAGAGGAGAGUAAAUCCUCUGCACAUUAUGAUGAUUCUAAAACUCAGAAAGGUACAAAGCCACAAAGUGAUGGUACAAAUGUAAUUAGAAGAACGACAUCUGCUAAAGUCCAAUCAGGCUGUACAUAUACCAGUAGAAAAGGCACUGUCAUUCAACCACAUUCUGCAAGCAAAGUCAAAACAUUUAUACAAACUCAGGGUAAACUAAUAAUACCUCAUCCUCCUCCUAAAUCCAUAUCAAAUAUUAGAAGUGGUAAAAAUAUAAAAGUAUCUCAGUGUCAAUCAGUAAUGCCUGAAAAUUCUCAAAACAUUAUUGCACAUAACUGUUUUAAUUCAAAAUAUGUACUUCCAAUGGAAUAUCAUUUCAAUCUACCGACUCAAGAAAGUAGACUUCCACUCUCAGAUGCUUGUUCUGACUUAGUCACUGUGAUACCAUCUCUACCUUCUUGUACAGCUGGAUGCCAAACCUUAGCACAAAUAAAUCCCUCAACUGGCACUCAAAUGGUUGCUCACCAAGAUGGGACGUUAUAUUGCGCUCAACGAUGUCCUGUUUAUGAAGAAAGCCAUCAUGGUGUGACUCUUAAAACUACUCGAGAAGAAUCUGUUCCCUUGUGGAAAAGAGGGCGUAAUAUUUUGUGUCAAAAUGAGAUGACUGCUGAUUCUGCUGUUACAAGAAGAAAACAAAUUGUUGAAAAUAAACAGAAAGGUCUAUUAGAUCAGAAAAGACAAAAUACUGGAUAUCUAGGACAGACGUACAGUGAGAAAAUGCAUAAUUUUGAGCAAAAUCUCCAGUUAAAUUCAAGUGACCCAAAACAAACUAGAAGGGGUGCUUCUAAUAUUGAAGAAGUUUCAGAAAGUACUUCUGAGUUUUUGAUGGCUGAAAACUUAGUUAAAUCUUCAGUUCCUGAGGAUGAAAUUUUAACUGUAAUGAAUAGCAAACAGUUAAAGAAACCAAAUAUGGCUUUAAAAAAUACUCAGAGACUCAACGUCUGUGAAUUAUCCACUGAAGAACGGAAGAUCCUACAGUCUCUUAAUCAUCUCAAUGAAAGACUACAUUAUAUACAAGAAACUGUUUGCAAAAAUCCAUCCAUCAAAAAUAUUUUACAAAUAAUACCACUGAAUAGGCUUCUAAUGGGAUCUGCUAAGCCAGUUCAAUACAAGUCAGAGAAGUCCAUUCAGAAGGUUAUGACAACUGUUUUUGAAGAUCCCAAAGUUAUCAUUGGGAUAGGUUUUCUUAAAGGACACAGCAUGGUCACAGAAGCUUUUUGGGGAAAUGUUUUAAGAAAACUGAAAACUGCAUUGGUGAAGAAAAGUCCAGGAAAACUGCACCAGGGAAUGUUCAAUCCUCAAGGGUAG